UAGUCAGUGAGUUUGUUAGCUCUCACGUGGAUGCACUGAGCAGGCUAGAUACUGAGCCAUGGGGAGCAGAAAAGAACUGUCAAAAGACCUGCGUAACAGGUAAUGGAACUAUAUAAAGAUGGAAAGGAUAUAAAAAUAUAUCCAAAGCCUUGAAAAUGCCAGUCAGUACUGUUCAAUCACUUAUUAAGAAGUGGAAAAUUCGGGGAUCUCUUGAUACCAAGCCAAGGUCAGGUAGACCAAGAAAGAUUUCAGCCACAACUGCCAGAAGAAUUGUUCGGGAUACAGAGAAAAUCCCUCAGGUAACCUCAGGAGAAAUACAGGCUGCACUGGAAAAAGACGGUGUGGUUGUUUCUAGGAGCAGUAAUUUAGACUGCAAAGACAAAUGCACAGGUCUAAUAUUUUCACACAAACAUACUAUUUUAUCCACAUUUUUUAUGUUCACUUACACUUACAUUAAUACCUCACCAAGACAGACAUUUUGACUAAGAAAUGCAUUUGACCUUACCCGGGCAGCGCUCGAAAGCAGCCACUUGUCAGUCAGACAGCCCUUGAGUACAGUAAUGAAACUGUGCUCGCUGUUGCCAGUACUAUAAAAAGACUGGUAUCAUAAAAUUUUGUUAAAUUUUUUAUUAUGGAGAAAGGGAUGGUACUUUUGGCUUCCUUUCUCACAAAGAGACAGAGAAACAAGUGACGAAAGGAGAGGAGAAUGGGCCAGACAGCCAAAGCAAACACCAAAGACCUAAGGUGCUAAUUAGAUCCCAAAGGUCCUGCACAGAUGAUUCAUCCAUUAUAAUUUUCAGAUCUGUCCGUCUCUGUUUCUGUCACUCUCUGGGCAGAGCUACAGACCUGCUGUAAGCUGAUUGCUGAUAAAACAGAUUGUUUGUAUUACGAGUGAUUAUUAUCGAUGUGUAAAACAGUUUGCAGAUUACAUUUUUCUGCUCUGUACACCAUGUCGCACCUGUUUUAUUAAGUUCCUCUUAAUUUUCUUGACCUGUGUGGGCGUCGUCCCAUUCUGUGUAGAUUUCUUUCUCCAUUUGGGGUACUCCUGGGUUAAAAAUGACCGAGUAGCAUGAGCGAUCCCGCGCUGAGCUCUUCUGUCUCUGUAGCACAAAUAUCGGAAAGCCUACAGGAUUCGCAUGCACUUCGGAGCUCCAGGGACAGCGCGCACCACAGUCAUGUGAAACAUUUGCCUAUUAGAUGAGAAGAUUAUUUAGCACUUUUACAGUGCCAGACGUGCGAUGAAGACCGUUAAAUUUGCUUGGGUGGUCGCAGAAAAAUGUUCAAUGCUGGAUAAACCCUGUCCAUGUUUCUUCGAUUCUUUCAGUAUCACGUGAAUCCCUGCCAACUGAUAGAUAAGCCCAUGCUGUGCACAUGGAUAUUUACAUGUCGCGAUAUACAGGAUAUAGCUAAAUCUCUGUCGGUUGACACUUUAUAUCAUCCCCAUGAUAUAUAUCAUCAUAUUGCCCAGCCCUAGGUUGAAUCAUCAAGUAUUCCUUCAGAGAUAUAAUUUUGACUCAGUUGCUCAGUUUUUUCUUUUAUUUUUUAAAGCAAAAAUCAACGUGACAGUAAAACACUCACAAACUGAAACUCAAACUGCAUUUCAGAGCAGAGAUGUCAGGAUCAUAUUUUAGUUAAAGCUCUUACAUGAUUUUUUACUUUUUAAUUUAUUUUUUUGUUUUACUAAAGAGCGAUUUACAAUUACUCUGUGAUAAUCGACAUUAUGCCACAAGUGCUGGCAAUAGAGCUUAGCUUGUAUUAAACCAAGAACAUUCUUUGAAUGCUCAAUUAUAAUGUCUGUCAAAGACAACAGUUUAUUCAAAUGGGGCAUAAGCAAAUGAUAUUUUUUAAAUGUUAAAAUUCCUCAUAUUUCAUCACAAUGUAUUUUAGUUUGUCAUAGUUAAUGUAGUCUAUUUGUUGCAUGUUGCUCAUUCAGUCUGCAUGUUUUUUUUCUCUCCCUCAUUGCUCUGCGUGCUGUUUGUUUGUGAGGAGGAAGGCUGGCAUCCUGCCCAGCUUGGAGGACCUGCUCUUCUACAGUAUUGCUGAAGGCCAGGAGAAGAUCCCAGCUCACAAAUUCAUUACCGCACUGAAGGCCACUGGACUUCGAACAGGAGAUCCACGGCUAAAGGAAUGUAUGGAUAUGUUGAAAGUCACCCUCAAGUCCACAUCAGAUGGUGUAAUGCUGGACCGUCACCUUUUCAAAAAGUGUGUCCAGAGCAACAUUGUGCUCCUCACUCAGGCCUUCCGCAAGAAGUUUGCCAUCCCUGAUUUCCAGUCAUUUACUUCCCACAUUGAUGCGCUCUAUGAGAAAGGCCGAAAACUUUCUGGAGGGCAGGUUGCUGACUACAUUCCCCAACUUGCCAAAUUUAGCCCAGACCUGUGGGCUGUGUCCCUUUGCACAGUAGAUGGACAAAGACACACAGUGGGUGACACUAAAGUGCCAUUUUGCCUGCAGUCGUGCGUGAAGCCGCUCAAGUAUGCUAUUGCUGUGCAUGACCACGGCACUGAGUAUGUGCACAGGUUCAUUGGGAAAGAGCCCAGCGGCUUACGCUUCAACAAACUCUUCCUGGAUGAGGACGAUAAACCCCAUAAUCCAAUGGUGAAUGCUGGUGCAAUUGUGUGUUCUUCCCUAAUUAAGCAAGGGGCAGGCAAUGCCGAGAAGUUUGAUUAUGUGAUGAACUUCUUGAAGAAGAUGGCAGGAAAUGAAUAUGUUGGUUUCAGCAAUGCUACAUUCCAGUCAGAGCGUGAGUCGGGAGACAGGAAUUUCGCUAUUGGCUACUACCUGAAAGAAAAGAAGUGCUUUCCUGAGGGCACAGACAUGAAUGCUGUUCUGGACUUUUACUUUCAGCUCUGCUCCAUCGAGGUAACAUGUGAGAGUGCUAGUGUCAUGGCUGCCACGCUAGCCAAUGGCGGCUUCUGUCCAAUCACAGGCGAGCGUGUGCUGGGCCCUGAGGCUGUACGAAACACCCUCAGCCUCAUGCACUCCUGUGGCAUGUAUGACUUUUCUGGACAGUUUGCCUUCCAUGUGGGUCUUCCGGCCAAGUCUGGUGUGGCUGGUGGCAUUCUGCUUGUUGUGCCCAAUGUGAUGGGCAUCAUGUGCUGGUCUCCUCCAUUGGACAAACUGGGCAACAGUGUUCGGGGUAUCCAGUUCUGCACGGAUCUGGUGUCAUUGUUUAACUUCCACAACUAUGAUAACCUGAGACACUUCGCCAAGAAGCUUGAUCCUCGCCGAGAGGGAGGAGAACAGCGGGUGAAAUCUGUCAUCAAUCUGCUCUUUGCUGCCUACACAGGAGAUGUAUCUGCUCUGAGAAGAUUUGCGUUGUCUUCCAUGGACAUGGAACAGAGGGACUAUGACUCCAGGACAGCACUGCAUGUAGCUGCUGCUGAGGGACACAUUGAGGUAGUGCGGUUUCUGCUGGAGGCUUGCAAGGUGAACCCUGUUCCCAAGGACAGGUGGGGAAACACACCAAUUGAUGAGGCACAACAUUUUGGCCAUCAUGAGGUGCUCACACUUCUACAGGAGUACAACAGUAAGUACAAUCCACCCGUGAAUGCUGUUGCAGACAAAGAGACCACUGAAAAAAACCUUGAUGGGAUGCUGGAGACAUAACCAUUUCUACCAUGAGAGAACACUCUUCAUGAACAUUCUUUCCUUAUUAUUAGUGUGCUGUUUGCAAAAAAACAUGUUGACAUUAUAUCCCGUGGUUUUUACAUGCAUUUUGGCUUGUUCUCAACUUCAUCAUUGCAAGAAAGGGUGUGACAAAAUAACUCAAUAUGAAAUGGUGUAAUUGGAAACUGUAAUACAUGCCUAUAAUUGAAAAUUUUAUGUUUACAUGCCAGUGUUGUCUAGUAAAAGUUGCAUAACUUUUCACGAUUCACUAAACAGAGUUGGCACUGUUUUCCCGAGGGCAAACAACUACAUUAUUGUUGAGUUUAGAAUGAUACUAAACAAUCCACUCUGUUAAGUGACUAAGGGGCCAUUCACACAGGAUGUAUUCUUGCGUUCAGAAGUACCAAGCUGGAGUGCAACAGAGCGGAACAAGACGCAUGGAUCUCGAGGCAUGUUUUUUUAAAGAUGAAAUAGUUUUUAUCUGAUAUGGCAUCUUAAAAAUGCAGUGCUCAUGAUGCAACAGCCAAAUGACACAUGUAUACAUAGACAAAAUAGCACAGACUGAACGCAUGUGCUGUGUGAACUGCCCCUAACUGCUGUUUUAUUUUCAUGAUAUAAUCUUAACUUUGCAUGUACUCUUGGUGUAACUGUCAUUAUUUUCUCACACAUUUAAAAUUAAAAAAUUGUAUUUCAAUGUACUUCAUUAUUUGAUCAUGUUUAACCACUGCCAAAGACAUUGUGUUAUUUCUGCUAGUCUUUACCUGAUAUAAUUAUAGUUCUGUAUGCAUUCUUUAGAACACACACCUACAUGAAGAUGUUAAUAUUAUUUAUGUUGCCCUUUACAAUGUUGGCUGCUUUUUAAAUGAGGGGAUGAUGUUUGCAAUUUGAGGAUAAUAGUGUUAUCCACACCUGCAAAACCAUUAUUUGUUACAAAUUCUGUUUAGAAAAACUCUUCUAUUUAUAAAUGUAUUACUCCAUAAACAUUGUGCACUCAAAGUGGAUUUAAAGUCUUAAAUUACUGUAAAUGUGGAUUUUACAGACGAUAGUUUGUGAACAGUGAAAAUGUGUUGGAGAAAAACUUGAAAGAACAAUGAAAAACAAGCAGUUGGAUGUAUGACAACGAAAAGUUGAUGGUAAAUUAGCAAGUUGAAUGUAAACUAUUUAAAGAGACUUUACAUUAUCUAGAAUUAUUCAAUGUUUGGCUGGAUACAAACUUACUGAGGCAGAUUGUUUGUUUUUUUCUUUCUGAUCUCUACAGUCUGAUUGUAUUCGACUGACUAAAGUGUGUACAUGUGCAAUUAUAUUAAUGAUAUAAAACAUAUAUUUUGAUGUGCAAUAGUAAAAAGUGUGUUAGUAAAUAAAAGGGUGUCCUUUUAUCACACAAAUUCACAGAAGUACCUCCUUAAAUUGUUUUUUUUUUUUUUUUUUUUUGCACCAACAGAUUGCUUCAAAUUGUCUGUAAUAUUUGACAGAAGUGGUCCUGACUGAAUUGAGGUUUAAUUCUCACUAUGAGCAAACGUAAAAGGAACAAAAUAAUUGUGCUCUACCUAAAUCCUUACGGGUUAGAUUGGUCAGAAUCACCAGGACAUCUGUCUACAUCCAUCUUUCCUUUAGCUGAGAGGGAAAAAAACUUUAUUUUAUUCCAAAUGUACUGAUGGUGUGUAAAUGCAACA